CAAAGUCUCUGACAAACAGCAGCCAUCGAAGAGCACAGAGGCGAGUUUAGGCGCAUUCACUGUGACCACAGCGGGACCGAUGUUGAAAGCGCGCUCCAGCCUUUCUCCAAAAUGUGCCAGUGCGGCUCAUCUGGAUCAAAACCCAGACCGGGCUCUCUCGCCGAAGCCGGGAAGCUCUUCUUGAAACACACCACUUUGCACGGCUUGAGACACAUCUUCCUCAGCGGUUCCUACCCCCGAAGAGUUGCGUGGCUGCUGGCUUUCUUGGCUGCUUUGGCUCUGCUCUUCACCUGGUCCUCAAACAGAGUGCGGUACCUGCUCUCGUCACCCGUGUACACCAAGGCGCACAUGGUGUACGCCAAGCGACUCGUUUUCCCCGCUAUCACCAUUUGUAACCAGAACCUCCUGCUGCCGCGGCGCAUGAAGAAGACAGACAUAUUCAGCGCGGGGAAGUGGCUGGGACUUCUAGGGAUGAACGGGCAGGUCUCCCCCGCUGCGAGAGAGGCGCUCACCCCUCUGCGUGGCGACACCGGUGGGAGCACAGAGGGCGAGCCGCCCUGGUCCCCGUUGUCUCGGAUUUUGGACUUCAAUCACUUCCUCCCUCCUCCGAGGGAGUCCGAGCCGUCUAUGAGACAGCUGCUGGACCGGCUGGGACACCAGCUGGAGGAGAUGCUGUUGUACUGUCGGUACCAGGGAGAGCUCUGCGGGCCCCGCAAUUUCAGCACUAUAUUCACACGCUAUGGGAAGUGCUACACAUUUAAUUCAGGCCAAGAUGGAAAACCACUGCAGGUGACAACGAAGGGUGGGAUGGGUAAUGGCCUGGAGCUGAUGUUGGAUAUCCAGCAGGAUGAAUACUUGCCUGUAUGGGGAGAGACUGACGAGACAUCGUUUGAAGCAGGGAUCAAAGUUCAGAUCCACACCCAAGAUGAGCCGCCGUUCAUAGACCAGCUGGGCUUCGGAGUGGCACCGGGAUUUCAGACCUUUGUCUCCUGUCAGGAACAACGGCUGACAUACCUGCCACCACCAUGGGGUGACUGCAAAUCCACACCGAUGGACUCGGACUUUUUCAGCACUUACAGCAUCACGGCCUGCCGGAUCGACUGUGAAACACGAUACUUGGUGGAUAACUGUAACUGCAGGAUGGUCCACAUGCCUGGAAAUGCCCCAUACUGCACCCCAGAGCAGUACAAGGAGUGUGCAGAUCCUGCCUUGGACUUUCUUGUCGAGAAAGACAAUGACUACUGUGUCUGUGAGACACCGUGCAACUUGACACGUUAUGGUAAAGAGCUGUCCUUUGUCAAGAUACCCAGCAAAGCAUCAGCCAAGUACCUUGCCAAGAAAUUCAAUAAAACUGAGCAGUACAUAGCUGAUAACAUUCUGGUUUUGGACAUCUACUUUGAAGCGCUGAACUACGAAACCAUUGAACAAAAGAAAGCCUAUGAAUUGGCAGGCCUUCUGGGUGAUAUUGGGGGUCAGAUGGGUCUCUUCAUUGGAGCCAGCAUCCUCACCAUUCUUGAACUCGUUGACUAUCUAUAUGAGGUGAUCAAGUACAAGCUGUGUCGGUGCAUGAAGAAGAAACACAAAGGCCGCAAAAACAAUGACCGAGGAGCUGUGCUGAGCCUGGAUGAUGUGAAACACCAUGCUCCUUGUGAGAACCUGCGUACACCAUCAACGUAUCCUGGCAAUAUGCUACCUCAUCAUCCGGGCCAGGGUAACUUUGAAGACUUCACUUGCUGAGCAGGCCACAGGUGAAGCAUCAAAGUGCGCGUUAUGCAACCAAAGCCACCAUACAACAAGAACUAUCUGACGCAGGGAGGGUGAGGAACUGAUACUAAAUCUAACAGAGGCACUUUUUACAUGAAAACUGAUGAAAACAGACAAAUCAAUCACGACGAAGAAUUUGUCAGAGGAAGUCCUAAAUGUUAAAAAAAUAAAUAAAAAUCUGUAAUUCUCCGGAGGACAUUUCAUGCAGCACUCUUCUGUGUUUUUCCUCUGGAUUACUGCCACAAAGGAUGCUCAUGCAGAAACCUUGCCAACAUGGACCUCUCUUUCAAAAGACAAGAAAAAAUGAAUAAAUAAGGGAAAUUGUACAGUUAUCUCACCAUAGACAGUAGAUCAGAAAAAAAAGAGCCCCCAUGCCUUUAUAUAGCACAGCAACACAUGAUGGUUUCACUUCGCCUGCUAGUGUGACUAAUAUUCAUACUGCUUACUCCACUGUACGUGUAGCAACAUCUAGAACUGUUGCAGUACUUCAUAAAACAACCGCUGGACUCUGUGUACUUUGUUUGAGAAUGUAUCUUUGUUCACAAUGAGCGUAGCUGCGUGUGCAGGACAAUUUUUUAGGGGGGGGGUUGCAAUGGAGGUGGAGGUGGUGGUAGAAGUGCAUCAUCUACCAUUUAAUGUACUGGUGAAGAUUUCAGGUCUCAUCAUGUAAAUGCAUGCUUGUAUUUGUCCAGUGCAUGUUUUUUUUCAUAUCAUUUCUAAUUUUCAUUGAUUUUUUUUUUUAAUAUAUAGACUUAUAUAAAUUUAAUCAUUAUAUUUACCAAGUUUGCCUCAUUUACAGGAAAAAUAACAAUGAUACAUGCCAUAUAUUUCUAUGUGAGUUUAUGUGUGUGUGUGUGUGGAGGGAGAGUGUUGCAGCAUUAGGUAUGUUGAGUGUUUUGCUGAUUGCACAAAUGGAUGACAUGCACCUAAUUUCAUUUCUCACUCUUUGUUUUUUUUUCCUUUUCAUUCUUUAUUUCUUUUUCAUUUUUACAUGUGGCCGAUGAGUCAAAAAAUCUUCAUUCAGCUUCAUUUUCUCUUAUCUUAGCCGCGUGUUGAGAAGUUUGUUUGUGUUGGUUUUUUUUUUAGUUUUCUUUUGUAGGAGUUGAUUACUGAAAUCCUUCAAGUUAUGUGGGGCUGCUACAUUUUUUUUCUGUAUCCGUGUUCUAGUUGCAAAAGUCUUAUCAAAGCACAAUACCGCCAGUAUGUAGAGGUGAUGUAAAAGAAAACGUAUUAUUCUUCUUGAUAUAUCGUCAUAUUAUUAUCGUGUUGCUGCAGCUGUUUUUCGAUUGGUUCUUUCUUUCAUAUAAAACACACUCAGCAGAGCCUGAUUAUCCUGUCUCCAUCUUCCAGGUAAUAGGCUAGUCUAUUUAGUUAUCAAAGCAUAAAUAAAAUGCAGAUAUCAUUUUGAAAAACUGUUUGUUUUCUUCACUGAAUUUAGUUACUGAAGCCUUUUUUUUUUUUUUUUUUGCCCCUUUGGCUGAACAAGCAAACAGAAACAAAGCUAUGUGUUUUCCAGCUGUAGUUACUGUUUAAAUGUUCAUUUUUUAAUCAUGAGCUGCUCUCAGAAAAUCUGAUUAAGCAUUCUGCACUCCCAUCCGAGGCAUUUUGCUAUCUGUAUUUCCCCAAUCAACAUGUUAUCUUGUGUUUUGCUUCAUACAACGUUUUUCUUGGAAUUAAAUCAGCAUUAUGAAAGGGUUUGGGGGCAAGACUGAUAUUCCUUAUCUACGGCAACCAUUCAUUUGUGCUGCAUUUUAGCAGCUUCAAGCCACAACAUUGGUAUUUUGGAGCACCAUACUCUUGAAAUGUGAUUACAGAUUCAGCUGCUGUAUGACAAAAGGAUGGAUGAGAAAUAUCCUGCACAGCCAGUACAACUUUUAUCAAGAUUGUCAGUCAGCCAGCAGUAUUCUACUGUACAUCUGGUGCUGCCAACUGCCACAGUUAUAUUAGAAAAGCAGCUUGGUGAUGCAUGACUCUGUGAAUAUUAGAGCCCAGUACCACCUAAACCACGGUCUGCCUCAAAAAUCAUGUCCUGUGCUCGUUUGGCUGCUCAGUCCACUGCUACCAGACUUCAGGGGUUAUUCAAGGACAAGAAGUUUACUUUUGCUUUAUAAUUUUUUCAUGAUUUCUUUUAGUGCAAAACCGCAUAUCAACACUGUUCAUCAAAUGAGAGCGAGCAUUUUAUUUUUUAAUUAUUCAGAAUAGAAACCUCAGCUGGUAACCAUGCAUUAAUAUACAAGUGUUAAAGCUCCUGAGAAUCAGCUACAAUAUCUGAUUUUUUUUUUUCCUCUUUUGAAUGUCUGAAACAUGAUUUUGCCCCCCUGAUGAUUUUAUUGU